AAUCUCAAUCUCAAACAAACAAACAAAAAACAGAUAACAACAAUUAAAUAUACAAGAAUCUUCUCAAGUCUCUUCACAAGUCUUUGCCUCAAAAUCAAUAAUAAUUUUUGUUCCUCAUCUUCACCAUAUUAAUUUCUUGUGAGAUCAAGACUCCGAAGUUGAGAUUCAAGAUUUGUGUUUUUUUGUUAGUGUUGAGGAUGAGAGAAGAAGAUUCCAAUUGGUUUGCUAAAUGGGAAGAAGAGCUUCCGUCGCCGGAGGAACUCAUUCCUUUAUCUCAAUCUUUAAUCACUCCUGAUCUCGCCAUCGCCUUCGAUCUCCACCGCGACAACUCAAACUCCGGUCAACCUCUACCCCAAACCACGCCGCCACAACCCAAUUCCUCAACCGAAUUCGCUGGAGACUCCACCGGAGACGAACCAGCAAGAACGCUAAAACGACCGCGUUUAGUAUGGACGCCGCAGCUACACAAACGUUUCGUAGACGCGGUGGCUCAUCUCGGGAUAAAAAACGCGGUUCCUAAAACCAUCAUGCAGCUUAUGAGCGUCGAUGGUUUAACCAGAGAAAACGUCGCUAGCCAUUUGCAAAAAUACAGACUUUACCUCAAAAGAAUGCAAUCCGGCGGCGGUGGAGGCGGCGGAGGUGAUUCCGAUCAUCUCUUCGCUAGCUCACCUGUUCCUCCACAUUUCCUCCAUCAGACAAGUAGACAAAGCUCUGACCUUUUCAUACCCUCUUUGGUCCCAAUUUCAACUCAGCAGCAACAUAUCGCAGCACCACCGUCUCAGUUCCUCCACCGACAAAUGUCCGCCGUUAAUUUCACUUCUCCGACCAAAGCUACCGACCAAGCAAUGUUCUUGGCUAGGCAGCAGAGUCAACUACAGCAACCAGUUUUCAGACCAUCUUCAUUGCAUUUGCAUAGUCAAGUGGCUAAUUACACUCAAGAUUUGGAUUCAGGAGCCAAAACUGUCUUGACUCUGUUUCCAACUCGAGACGAUUGAAUUAUAGUAAACAUUCACAAUCCGAGUUCUGCUUUUUUUUGGUCCUUGCUUUUGUGACCAGAUCUUCAAUGUUUCAAAGUGUGUCUACAAUACAAUCUUGAGGAACAUUUGGUCUCCUUUUAAAGAUUGAGUUUACUCUGUAAAAUCCUGAACUGCAUAAAAAGAAGUGAUCUUUUUCACUUGUUUAGAUUUGAUUACACAACUACUUUCUU